AUGAGAUUCAGCCUCAAAAAGAGAUAUGUCCCAGUCUACUACCACCGAGACUUGCAGAAGAAAUUUCGCAAGCUCACUCAAGGAAGCAAGACCGUGGAGGAGUACUUCAAAGAGUUUGAGACUCUUAAGAACUGGCUUGAAGUAGAAGACUCAGCUGAGACCCUGAUGGCCCAAUUCAUUGAUGGUCUCAAUGAUCGAAUUUCUAGAAAGGUCGAGAGGCAGACUUACCAUGAUUUGGAGGACGUGUUACAUCAUGCCGUGCAAGCUGAGCAAUACAUUAAGAGGAAGAACACUUCCACAAACCGGAGCAAAACAACUUGGACGCCACAACCUCAGCGAGCUCUUGAGAAGGGCAACGCUGUCGAAGUGGAUAACCGAUUCCACAAGUCCACUCCUGAAACUUCCAAAGCCAACAGACCCGAGGUAAGUAAAGCUUCCACACAACGAGCUAGAGAUAUAACUUGUUUCAAAUGCCAGGGCAAAGGACAUUAUGCGAGGGAGUGUCCAAACCAAAGAGUGAUGAUCCUCAAGUCUAAUGGCAAGUAUGAAUCACAAGACGAAGGAGAGGAAGCUGAAGACACUGAUAAGGACAUAGUCGACUACCCUGACCAAGGAGAGCUCUUAGUAGUGAGGCGAGCACUUAGUGCACUUUUUGAGCCAGAAACCAUCCAGAGAGAGAACAUAUUCCACUCUCGGUGCACUAUAAACGCCAAGGUAUGUAGCUUGAUCAUUGAUGGGGGUUCUUGCACUAACGUGGCUAGCAAGUAUCUUGUAGAUAAGCUAGGGCUCACCAAGACUAAGCAUCCUCGACCCUACAAGCUCAAGUGGUUGAAUGAUGAAACCGAGCUCAAGAUUGCUGAGCAAGUCACCGUGCCCUUUAGCAUUGGUAAGUAUACGGAUCAAGUGGUGUGUGAUGUGGUCCCUAUGCAAGCCGGGCACCUGCUCCUAGGGAGGCUGUGGCAAUUGGACAAAGAAACUCUACACAAUGGACGCACCAAUUACUAUACCUUUACUCAUAAUAACAAGAAGCAUAAUCUAGCACCACUCACUCUGCAAGAAGUGCAUGACAUGCACAAGGCCAUCUCUCGAGGCUCAGAGGUGCUACUAAUGAUCUUCAAGGAAGGUUUAUUUUCAGGUCAGGAACAACAAGAACUCCCUCCAACCGUUAAGGAGCUGCAUCCCAUACCUCGACUUGAUGACAUGCUAGACGAGCUUAACGGCGCCACCAUCUUCUCUAAGAUCGAUUUGAGAAGUGGAUAUCAUCAAGUGCGAAUGAAGGAAGGAGAUGAAUGGAAGGCGGCGUUCAAGACAAUGUGGGGCUUAUACGAGUGGCUGGUGAUGCCAUUUGGACUCACCAAUGCACCAAGCACCUUCAUGAGGCUUAUGAAUCACGUUCUAAGAGCCUACGUCUAUCACCUGAAGCAUCUUUCACAAGUUCUAGAGACACUUCGGUCAGAGAACUUAUAUGCCAACAUUAAGAUAUGCAUCUUUUGCACUGAUCAAGUAGUAUUUUUAGGCUUUGUUGUUAGCUCACAGGGUCAUAAAGUUGAUGAAGAGAAGAUCAAAGCUAUUCAAGAUUGGCCCACGCCAACCACCAUCAGCCAUGUGAGGAGUUUUCAUGGUCUCGCAAGCUUUUACCGCCGAUUUGUCAAGGAUUUCAGCACCUUGGCAGCGCCACUAACGUCGGUGAUCAAGAAAAACGUGGAGUUCAAGUGGGAGCAGUGA